AUGGCACGGGCACGAAAAAAACCGUGGAUGCAAAUGGUGCUGAGCAGUACGGGCCGAUCCUUCCUGCUGGUAACGUUGCUGGUGUCCGUCUGCAUCAACAGUCGCGUUUUGGCGUACACCGAUCAUGUCAAGGAUGAUCACCUGGAGGGUCCGAACGUUUGUAAGGAAGUGGAUAACAUCCCCAUCACGAUAACCACACCGAGAGAGGAAGCGUACCAGGAACGGUACCAGAAAUGGUGUCUCGGCAUACCACCUCGCUGUUCCGCGUAUCGCAUCAAGAUCCGAACCGUGAACGAAACGCAAACAAUUAUCAAGCAACGAAUCGUAAAGAAAUGCUGCGUUGGCUAUCAGCUCGACGAGAGUAAAACCCACUGCGUACCGGAAUGUAAGUCGGGGUGCGUUAACGGCACGUGCGUUAAUCCGGAUGUGUGCCGCUGUAACAAAGGAUUUGCUGGCAAAACCUGUAAUAUUAGCUGUCCACCGAAUGUAUGGGGAUCGGAUUGCAAACAACCGUGCAAGUGCAUGAACGAUGCCGCUUGCAAUGCCGCGGACGGUAGCUGUGAAUGUAACCGUGGUUUUAAGGGCCGCUACUGUGAGGAAACGUGUCCGAGCGAUCGGUUCGGGCAGAACUGUGUCGAAAUUUGUCAGUGUGAAAACGGUGGCAAGUGCGAUAAUGUGUCCGGGGAAUGUUACUGCGCGCCAGGAUUUACCGGACCACUCUGUACGGAAACAUGUCCCGCCGGUACGCACGGGAAACAGUGCCAGUCGAAAUGUCGCUGCCAGAACGGUGGUACGUGCGAUCCAGUGACGGGUAAGUGUAUAUGUCCGGCCGGUUACACCGGUACGGUGUGCGCGAACCGCUGCCAGCCCGGCUUGUACGGGUUGGAGUGUGCGAACCGUUGCGAAUGCUUCAACGGUGCCGACUGUGACCGGGUGACGGGCCAGUGCAUCUGUGCGCCAGGGUUCAUGGGUACGAAGUGUCUCGACUCCUGUCCGAGCAAUCAGUACGGUAUCAACUGUACGGAGACGUGUCGCUGUUUGAACGAGGCGCUCUGCGAUUCGUCCGACGGUAAAUGUACGUGCCCGGACGGCUGGACCGGGGCGGACUGUGGCGAACGGAUCUGUCCGAUCGAUCGGUACGGGGCCAACUGUACCGGCAUCUGUGACUGCAAAUGGAGCAACACGAAAAUGUGCCAUCCAUGGACCGGGAAAUGUUUAUGCGAACCUGGCUGGAGCAAUAGUGCCUGCGAUAGACCUUGCCGCUUCCUGCGCUACGGACAGGACUGUCAGCUGACCUGCAACUGCAAAAAUUCGUCUCCAUGUUCACACAUUGACGGAACGUGCUUGUGUAUAUCCGGAUUUAAGGGCGAAAGCUGCGAAGAACCUUGCUCGAACAGCAUGUACGGUCAGAACUGUAGCGAACGGUGCCAGUGUAUGAAUGCGGCCACCUGCGAUGGUGAUACGGGUAAAUGCAAUUGCGCACCCGGCUGGCAGGGCAUCAAGUGCGACAGGCCAUGCGACGCUGAGCAUUAUGGGCGCGAUUGUACGGAGAAGUGCCUCUGCCAGAACGGUGGUGUCUGCAAUCCGAUUAACGGACAGUGCACGUGUCCGGCUGGAUGGACGGGCGAACUGUGCGAGAAGAAGUGUACACCGGGUCGGUUUGGCCAAAACUGCGAACAGUUGUGUGACUGCCAUCUGGAUAAUAUUUUGGCGUGUAACGCAACGACCGGACGCUGCAUUUGCAAGCGAGAGUGGGGCGGUGUCCGUUGUGAAAGCCGCUGUCCGCUAGGAUACUACGGUGAAAGCUGUAGCGAAAUUUGCACUUGUCACAACAAUUCGUCCUGCGAUCCUAACACCGGUGCGUGCAUUUGUUCGCGUGGCUGGACCGGUCCUGCGUGCAACGAACCCUGCCCAAAGGGAUUCUUCGGGCACGGUUGCAUGGAACGAUGCGCUGGCUCGACUGAAACCAACCGCACCUGCAAUCCAAUCACCGGUCAGUACGCGUGUUCACCGGGCUAUAUCGGACUGACCUGCGAGCAUCCCUGCUCGUCCGGAUAUUACGGGCAGGAUUGUGCGAAGGCUUGCGACUGUAAGAAUGGCGGCGAAUGUAACCACGUCACCGGCGAAUGCCAGUGCACACCGGGCUGGAUGGGAUUGAACUGUACGAAGGCGUGCGAUGACAUGUACUACGGUACGAACUGCAGUCAGCGUUGCAACUGUCACAAUAAUGCCGAUUGCCGUAAGAACGAUGGUGUCUGCAUUUGUAAGGCGGGUUGGAUGGGACACCGGUGCGAACAGGUGUGUCCGGAAGGAUUCUACGGUAAUCAUUGCAUGUCUACCUGCCAGUGUCCGUCCGGCAACUAUGUGUGCCACGCGGCCAAGGGAUGCGUGUGUAUGGUGGGCUGGACCGGCAAGAACUGUGACGAGCGUAUGACGAAUAAGCUUACUCAGGAGAUCGAAUCAGGCUCCACCAGUUUUUCCGUUUUGGCAGUCGUACUGACGGUCUUGUUCCUGUGCAUAUUUGCCGUGAUGCUGCUCUACUAUCGGCGUCGUGUCGCUAAUUUGAAGGCGGAAGUUAACCACGUCGUAAACUACAUGACACAGGAGCAACCGAGCCAUUUCGACAAUCCCGUGUACGCCCGAACGGGUGGCGCAAACGGAGGGCUGGCGAACGGUACACUUUCAUCGAACGGAACCAUCGUUCCACCGCUAGAUGCCCGCACCGGUCUGCUGCGGAACGUGCUACCGAACAAUCUGCGCGACGUCAUGUCCGGUCGGCGUAGACCGAAACAGGACAAGUACAGCUACCCGGACAACGAGUACGGUGUGGAUAAGUCCUACUCCAUUUCACAUUACGGUGCGGACAGUUUGAAAAAUUACGAAGCGGACCUAACCAACCCGAACCUUGUCCAUGACCAUGUUUAUGAUGAGAUUAAGUCAAAAGAAUCUUAUGCCCUUGCUACUUUUUCGCGGGAUUCAAAUUACGCCUAUAACAUUUAUACCUCGCAUGCCGAUCACUACGAUCAUCUUGACUACUCUCGUCCGGGAAGUUCACACAAGGCGCACUAUUUCCAUAUGCCCGAUGGUAACACAAGCCGAAACAUUCCCGGUUCACCACUACCUAACGGUACGAUGAUCGGUGGGCCCUUAGCCGGUACAUCCAGUCGUGGUUCACCCAAGGCACUUAAUGUACUGCGUGAAGCAACUGGCGGGUCGAGUAAUGGCGGUGGCCCUAUCAAUAAUCUGUCCGCACCGACAAGGAUGAACAAUUUGCUGCCGGCCGUACCGUCCGUGAUUGAAGCGAAGUGUAGCAACACCGACUCGCCGAACCUCGGUAACGAUCUUUCCUCGUCCUCGAACUCAUCCCCAACGCCACCAUCAUUACCACCCUCACCGUCCCAGCAACGUCAGCGGCUCGUACCGAGCGGUGACGAUCUCUACGUGCCCAUGACGGCUGGUGGCUGCGAACCCGGUACGUCCGGUUCGACCUCCGGCUCGUCCGAGUUUGGUGGGCUAAACAUACCCAAUCAUCAGCUCAACAUCAAGGAGUAA